UUUUACUUUGGUAAAGUCUACAAAACUUAGUUCACUCUGUUCGUAACAGAUUCUAGUUUUGGGAACAGAAAACUGUACUGAGAUCAAACGUUUAGUCGAUGAGAAAAUGUGAAGGAUCUCGGCCAAAAUCCAUCGAGUUCCAUCUUAUUUCUCCCACUGCGGGCCACUGGGCUUCCUCUCACUACCACUCACUACCACAUUUGAUGAUUUGACAUCGUUUUUUCCCAAAUUUGGUAGUGAGUGGAAACGCCAAGCGGAUGCUUCACAUUUACACAUCCGGUGGAACAUCUGUCUCAUUGUUCUAUCUGUGUCUCAAUGGUUUCUAGUUCCCAGUUGUUCCGAACGCGACAUGUCUCAAGUGUGUGUUUAAGAUCCAACCGGCGAUGUCACGCAUCUAAAUUUACAUUUGUGUAAACGGUGUAACAACAGUGUGGGUGUUUUGCAGCAGAGGAGAAUCAUCAUGAAGACUCUGCUGGUGUUUGACUUCGACCACACCUUGGUGGAUGACAACAGUGACACCUGGGUCAUUCAGUGUAUCCCGGACCAAUGCCUGCCAGACCUGGUCAAGAACUCCUGCCAGAAGGGACGCUGGACAGAGUACAUGGGCAGAGUCAUGUCCUAUAUAGGAGACCAGGACAUCAGCCCCGAUACAAUCCGAAGUGUGAUGGAGACAAUACCGUUUACAGAUGGAAUGAUUGAACUGUUGACGUUCAUUGUGAGUAACAAGAACGACAUUGACUGCAUCAUUAUCUCAGAUUCAAACACAGUGUUCAUCGACUGGAUACUGCAGGUGGCUGGGGUUCAAGACGCGGUCGACCAAGUCUUCACCAAUCCGGCUGCGUUUGACGAGCGUGGCUACAUGGAGAUAGAAUGUUACCAUUCUCACCAGUGUAGCCAGUGCCCUGUCAACCUGUGUAAGAGGAAAGUGCUGGCUGAUUUCCUAGCAGGGCAGUUGAAGGGAGGGGUAGAGUAUCAGAGAACUUUCUAUGUAGGGGACGGAGGGAACGACCUUUGCCCUUCCAACAGUCUAAGGGAAGGAGAUGUGGUGUUCCCUAGAAAGGGUUACACCUUGGAGAGGCUGCUCUCUAGACAGAGUGCACAACAAGGAGAGGGUUCAUCCAACCCCAGAGUGGUAGAAUGGACAAGUGGAAAAGAGAUCCUGAUGGAACUGAAAGCAUGUGUUCCCCUGUAGGGUACAGCUCAGAAGUUCCCCUGUAGGGUACAGCUCAGAAGUUCCCCUGUAGGGUACAGCUCAGAAGUUCCCCUGUAGGGUACAGCUCAGAAGUUCCCCUGUAGGGUACAGCUCAGAAGUUCCCCUGUAGGGUACAGCUCAGAAGUUCCCCUGUAGGGUACAGCUCAGAAGUUCCCCUGUAGGGUACAGCUCAGAAGUUCCCCUGUAGGGUACAGCUCAGAAGUUCCCCUGUAGGGUACAGCUCAGAAGUUCCCCUGUAGGGUACAGCUCUUUCUCAUACUGAAUGAAGUGUACUUGCAACGAUUAAAAAGUAUACCAAAUGCUCGAGAGGGAAGGAUUGUGAUUGUGUCUUUGUCCUGUUUUGGAAAAGUUUUUAAAGAUCAUAUUCUAAAUCAGCGGGACUAUAUCACAUCACUCUCUCAGGUUCAGAUGCAAAUGAAUGUACAUCUUUGUGCUUAUUUUUGUCUUUAGCAAAUGUAGAGAGAUACAGAACCCAAUAAACAGAACAGGAAAAAACAAAUCACACCUGUAAAUUACAUGUUAUAACUGUUUAUAAUUAAAUAUAUAUUCUAGGAUGUACAGUCAAUAAAACACAUUGGCAUCACUUUUUACUAGGGCACUCUCUAUGUGCAAAAUGUAUUACCAGUCCUGUGUAUUACCAGUGCAAUUAUCUGUUGUCUCUACUAGACUCUAUUGUGAGUGUUAUUAUAUAAAUUGCCGAUUACUGCUUCAGCAGUGCGGUUUUGUGGACCGUGACCCCGUCUCCCUGCCUCCCAAGAUAACCCAAUGUCUGUCCCUUUGUGUCAAUACGCUGAUAGGAGGACGAGGCGCGGUGAAUGUGAUUGGUCGAACGCUGUUAUUUGCGGCUGGUAAGAUUAUCAGAGGCGCUGCUGUCUGCGGCUGAGAUGCUCUGUCACAUCAGCUGAGCGCCUGCCGCGUCAGCCUAAAUAGAUAACGAAACUAAAUAGCGGAAUGUCCGGCGUUUAUUAGAUUGUUUGGUUUACAAGGGAAUUGGGUAUAAAUAAGAAUUUACAACAGAUGGCGUGUGAUGCCGUUUGACUCGCUCCAAACACAGAGGAUGCUUUAACAACAGGAAAAUAAACCAUGUCGAGCAGGUAGAUGUGUGGCUAUUGUUCAGUGAGCUGUGUUAAUGAUCUUCACUCGGGACUAUUUAGAUUGAAUAGUAUUCUGUCAAGUGUAUGUAGGUCCUAUGUGGAUGCAUUACAUUGUGUUUUCAAAUAAGACGACUAAUAGAUUACAUUAUCAAAUACUCUCUGGAUCCGUUGCAAAUCCAUGUAUGUUUACUGUCUGUGCUCAGUUCAUCGUUUUUUGCAAGGUGUUGCUGCUUACAGUAUUGCAAAAUGUUCAUUAUGCAAUGUUUUCUGUUUUAGCAAUAAACCCAAUUUGAUUCUA